AUGGUUUCGUCGCAUCGCCUAAAUCGUAGAGAGACUCACUAUCAUCUCAAAAUUCUCACCGACACGCCAGAGUGGACUUUGGCAGCAUCUCAUCCGCGCGUGUCCCCGUCGUCGACAGUUUCGAACAAUUACCGACUGCCAGACCAUAAACCAACUCCAAAGAGAAGGACAACCAAACGUUCAUCAUCAACCUCAUCAAGUCUGGAAAGCCAAACUUUGACUGCGAAACCAAGUCUCACGACCAAAAGGUCGGCAAUUCGCAAAGUCACUAAAGUGAGAAGCCUCAAGAUCAACUGGAGUAAGGAUAUCGCCAUUCAAAGAAUCGCAAAGAACCUGGCUCUUCUUUGUGACGAAGUCAAAAAGCUGAAUCAUGAGAUCAUCCGUCUUCGAUCGUGCGUGAGCGCUGUGAGUUUUCAACAGUAUAACGACGAAGCUCUCAAGGUCGGUGCCUCAGUCAAGGAAUACAUACACCGUUUCUUAGAUCGGUCAUGCGCUGCAAGAAAAGCAGAAGGCACCAAGAAGCUUGGAGAUGGAGGCAAGAUGUUUCAUCGAAAUCAACGACUCCAGGAGAAGGUUUUGAGAUAA